AUGACCACCCUUGUCCAAUACGAUUCUUCCUCAGAUGACGAUGCGAACGAGCGUGAUCCUGCCGUCGAACCUGCUGCCGUGUCGACUCUGCCGUCCCUUCCAUCGACUUUCCACAAUCUGUACGCUACCAAACCACGAGUGGGAGACGAUCCGGCAUUUCAUCAAGGUCGGAAGCGGGCGCAUAGACAUGUUGAGGGACAAUGGGCGACGCAUAUAUACACAGAAUUCUGGCCAGACGUCAAGCUUAUGUCUAUCCUGGACCGAAUUGUGAAAAAAGCUGGCAGUUUGGAUAAGGGGUGGACUUCGUUGUUGGUCAGUGAGCUUGGGAAUCAACUUGCCCUCCAUAUCUCCUUGUCGCGCCCACUUACGCUUUGGACCGAUGAACGCGAAGACUUCACUCGAGCUCUUAGCCGCGUUUUGGCAGAUAUCGAGCCAUUUGAGAUGACGCUGGAUAAUAUCUCUACCUUUGUGAAUGAUGAACGAACCCGCACCUUUCUCGUGCUCGAAGUCAAUGAGGGCAUAUCCGAGUUUGGUGGAGUGCUGAGGGCACUGGAAGCAGUGAUGAAACAGUUUAAGCAACCUGCGCUAUACACGGUUGAUACAGCACGGUUUCAUGUAAGUAUAGCGUGGAGGUUGGGCGGCGAGGAGAUGAAGGUCAAGCAAUUGUUGCAGUUCGUGGAGGAGUUUGGCGAGGAACUUCAAGCUUUGUGGAAGGACACCAGCAAGACGAUUCGAGUAAAGGAAGUAAAGGCAAAGAUUGGGAAUCAGAUUUGGGUCAAGAAGCUCGGCGAACGUCACGUUACGGAAGGAAAUCACCCGCACGGCGGCGCCCGAUCUUGA